GAUUGGUUACCAGCAAUAUAAACGGCUCUUCCCCAUGUUCACCGUUGUACAGCCGGCGCAAAGACAUCCGACAACACGCAUGUCUUAAAUAAACGCCAUGAACCAAUGUUCUCCCACUUGACAAGCGUUGAAUUUCCUUGCAAUAAUCUAAUACUUGAUCUGCCCAACAUGCUUGCGCCAUCGCUUCUCUACGGUCUUCUGGCCGCGGCCUCUUCGGUCAACGCGUAUCAUCACGCGAAGACUAUCAACUACACUGUCGUGACCGGUAUCUUCCAACAAGACGACAACACCACCGACCCUUCGACCUUCGAUUUCCUGAGCAGCAACUUUGGUCUAAUUAACCGAACCUACCCAAGCGACUCUUCCUACCCAAAUCGCAAGCACGCAACCCAAUGGCAGCGUCUCGCCCACUACCUCUCCACCUUGAACAAGAAGGCACCGCGCAAUGAGCGCUACACCCUCUUCUUCAUGGGCCGCCACGGUGAAGGCUUCCACAACGCCGCUGAGUCCUACUUUGGCACCCCAGCGUGGAACUGCUACUGGUCCGAGUUAGACGGCAACGGCACCGUCACGUGGGCUGAUGCGCAGCUCACAGAACCCGGUAUCGAGCAAGCCAAAGUUGUAAAUACCUUCUGGAAACAUCUCAUCAAGGACGAAAAGAUAUCUCCGCCCGAGACUUUCUAUACGAGUCCUUUGCACCGCUGUCUCGACACUGCUAAGCUUAACUUUGAGGGUGUGCCUCUUCCGCGCAAGAACCCCUUUGUGCCUGUCGUCAAGGAGUUUCUGAGAGAGGGUAUCAGUGCGCAUACUUGCGAUCGCCGUCAUAGCAAGUCUUACAUCAAGAAGAACUUCCCCGGCUUCAAGUUCGAGAAGGGGUUUGCCGAGGAAGACCCAUACUGGACUGAGCUUUUCGCGGAGCCGCGCGCAAACCAGGAUGCGAGGUCCAAGGUUGUGCUCGACGAUAUCAUCAGCAAUGAUGAUAGCACGUACAUCUCCAUUAUCUCGCACUCUGGUGAGAUUGGAAGUCUGCUGCGGGGUAAGCUUCCUCUUCCUUAGUUUGGUGAUAACUUUUUUUACUAAUGACGACGUAGUUCUCGGUCACCGUGAGUUCCGUCUUGCGACUGGAGCUGCUAUCCCGGUUCUGGUCAAGGCAACGACAAUCAAUGCUCCAGCGCCGCCUACGACUACGCUUCCGUACACACCUCAGAAGACAUGUGCUGUGCCGCCGACUAUCCGUGACUCGAGCUGCAAUGACUGCUCGUGCUGUACGUGAACGGGCGUUAUUCGCACAGGAAGUAGUAGUUCUGUAUUCGCCUCA